AUUCACCGUGUGCAUGUCCCAAUAAUAAAUGGCCUUCUUAUAUUCUGCGCUUCCCGCUGUGUCCUACACUGACCUGAUCCCCCGGCGUCCAGGCUAACAGUGCGCGCGUUCCCGUCUUGCCAAACCAUCCCAUCCAUGGCCGAGCCCAUUCUGAACGACAUUUCACAUCGCCGGUACAAUCCCCUGCGCGGGAGCUGGGUGCUGGUUUCUCCCCACCGCAACAAGCGGCCGUGGCAAGGCCUCCAGGAAACUCCGUCGAAAACCACCCUCCCAGAAUACGACCCGGAAUGCUAUCUAUGCCCUGGCAAUACUCGCGCAAAUGGCCAACAGAACCCCAAGUAUGAGCGGACCUUUGUCUUUGUCAACGAUUACAGCGCCGUCAAGGAGGACCAGGAGGAGUACCACCCGGAGCGCAAAGAUGGGGGUCUGGGAAGCCGACUGCUCCGCGCCGAGGCCGUCACUGGCAAAUGCUAUGUCAUAUGCUUCUCGCCAUCCCAUCAUCUCACGCUGGCCGACAUGAGCCCAACGCAAAUCGUGCCGAUAAUAGAGACCUGGACCAAGUUGUACAUCAUGCACCUCAGCCCAAAGUCGCCCUUCGCACAGAAGGCUGCAUCAUUGGCAUUACCUCCUCUGGGCCAGGACGAUAUCCAGAAGCCGAAUGCGCAAUACCGGUAUAUGCAGAUAUUCGAGAACAAGGGCAGGACCAUGGGCUGCUCCAAUCCCCAUCCUCAUGGCCAGAUAUGGACGACCACCUCCCUCCCCGAAGAGCCGACCCUUGAACUUCGGCAAUUACGGAAGUACAAGGAGGAGUACGGGGGGGCACAUUUGCUCGUCGACUACGCAAAGCACGAGUCGGAAGAGAAGGAAAGGACCGUCUUCGAGAACAAGUCGUUCUGGGCAGGCGUGCCGUACUGGGCAGUGUGGCCGUUCGAGGUCAUGAUCAUAAGUAGGCAGCACAAACGGUCUCUGGUGGAUCUGGACUCAACGGAGCGCGCGGAACUGGCAGAGGUGGUAGCAGAAAUCACAAGGCGUUACGACAACCUCUUCGAGACGCAGUUUCCCUAUAGCAUGGGGAUCCACCAAGCUCCACUCGAAGGCACAGACGAAGAAGUGGAGUGUAGCCACUUCCACAUUCAUUUCUACCCACCGCUGCUGCGCAGCGCGACCGUCCGGAAGUUCCAGGUGGGCUACGAGAUGCUGGGCGAACCGCAGCGCGACAUUACGCCCGAGCAGGCCGCAGAGCGGCUUCGCGCAUGCGGCGGUGAGCUUUACAGGAAGAGGCUAGAGUACGCAUCAAGCAACUAGGUCUCCUCGAGCAACUAGUCCUCCUCGAAUUCCGAUCGUUUCGAGCGGAUGAGACCGGGCAGAUGUGGUUAGGUGGUUUAUACCUUUUAUAACUUUCUCUGUACAGUGUACAUUGCAUGCAUUCGCUCUUCUAGAAAGAGGGCGGUUCGGGUUACUGGCGAAUGCCCAUGAAUAUGACCCAUAACCCCGUUAACCUGAUCCCGCAAGUCCUAAAUCUCCUAUAAGUGCCUGAGCUCCACAUGCACUCUUGUGUAUUUUUAGGCUCUUUGCCUUGCAAUUACUGUUCCUCAUGUUGACUUGGUG